ACUUAGUUGUCCCAGAGCUUAGCGCAAUGUCAUGCUUCCUUUGUGGAGUCGCCAAAGGUCAUGCAGCUGUCGCGAUCGCAGCUGCGCAGGCGCCUGGAAGCUGAAGCGCAAGGGCCGAACCAGCUGGUAUCGGUCGGAUCGGUCAGACCUGUCCGUGUCUCCUCUCUUGAGACCUCAAAGCUUCAGGUGGCAGAUGCGCAACGACUUAUUGAAAACAUUUGCAAGAGGAGCGAAUCGCGACGGCCAAGUCUGCAAAGCGUGCCGUCCUUGCCUCCACUGGAAACACAGGCCUGCGCAUCAGAGAAGGAGGACGAGAUGUUCAGCGAAGAGUUUCAGGCGUCCGAGAAGACGGAUGCCUUUGAUGUGUUUUUGGAGAUCUUGCGGGGUGCCAGUCUCCAACGGGCAGAAAUCACUGCGGCGUUGGGUCAGGAGUUCGUCUACGUCAGAAGGACGGCCACUUCGCCCUAUGAUUUGGAGUUGGUGCCGUUCGCAGAGGAACUGAACUAUGCCACUCUGAGCCCAGCUGGCUUGACGCAUUAUGUCCAUGGUGAACCAAAAUCCUUUGUACCUCUGCAACGGUGGCUGAAUGAACGCCGCUCCUAUCACGCUUUGCGACAGCUCCGCUUCUUCCAGGACUUUCCAGCACAGAAGGCUUUCAUCAGUUGGAGAUCUGCCGGCCGCCGAGGGCGUAUGGUGAAAGCUGGACAGGUCCUCGAGGAAAGAAUCUUUGCGCUUCAUCCUUGGUUCAGCAACACAUAUGCGGUGGUGAUGAGGAUGUUUCAAGAUGUUGCAAACUUCCGAUGCCUUCGUUCAUACUUCGCUCAGCCUUUAACUCUUCGAGAGUUUCAAGUGGCGCAGCAAAAUUGGCAGCAUGACUUGUUCGAAAAAGCCAAGCACGUGGCGCAAAAGCUCCAAUCUGAAGUCUUUGGGAUUUUUCUUCAAGUGGUGGAACACGUUCGCAGGGAAACCUGCCGCAAUGACUUUACCCGCUCCAGCUUGGUGAAGACGACUGGUGCCCGGCCGGUGCCUGGAAUCAUCCGAGCUGGAAUGCCCAAAGAUGAAAGUGACGCCCUGGAAUCGCUGGGUUUUUCGAAGGACGUGAGCUUCGCACAGCGUCCACGGUUGGUCCGCGAAUGUGCUCGGCUAUUGCGCUUUGCGCGUGUCGUGGACUUGCUUUGCAUGGAGACCCUGGUUGAAGUGAUGCAAGCGUCGGCGUUGGACAUUUAUGUCAACAUCCGUGAAAAAUCCAAAGCGCGGACUGCUGAAGGAGGUCUCGACGAGGGAUGGCAUGGGCAUUUGAUCUUCCAGGUGAAAGCAGAGCUUGAAUUGGAUGAAGCGAACCAGUGCCUUUCUUGGCGCCUGCAGCCGGGCGAAGAGACGCUCUAUUUUGAGUUCAUGCGGUGGCUACGGGAGGGUUGUGGCCUUGCAAGCUACUUCUUGCAGCAUGCGACAUGCAACGAGCUGGAAGCCUACAGAUUUAUGAUGAGAUCUGGUGCUCGCGCAAAAGACCGUGACAAAGAAACUGUGUCCAACAUGGCAUUGGACGCGAAACUUUUUGAUCAAUUAUCUAAUCAGGAAACCUGGCAAUUGAGCUCCGCGCGGCUAGCUGCCACGUUGCAUACAACUUUCUCCGACGUCCAACAAAAGUUCAGGUUGUAUGAUGGACACCUGAAUUGGUGCUACAAAUGUCAACGCACGGACAUCCGACAGCUGGUCCAAUCCUUGUGGAAUUCGGGUGAUCUGGAUGGACUUAAUCAGAUGUUGCAUGAUUAUAAAGAAGGUUUGCUAAGCCUUGAUCAUAUCCCAACCAAGCACUUCAUCCGGCCAUUAGAGGUGGAGAUAUCAGGGGUCAUUUCUGAAUUGAAGUCAUCUGGAAGCAGGUGCCUUUCGCAUCUCAAAGAGGAACUUCCACAAGUUCUCCUUCGUUGCGCCGUUGGUAUCUUUGAGUGGAUGUCGUCAAAAACCAGGCAUUUGAGCAAAGAGUCGCUGAACCUUGCGGAGUUUGUCUCGGAUGUGAUCGUUCUGAAGGAGGUGAAGUUGAACGUCUCUGGUCAAGUUGAGCUGCUGAAAAACUUGAAGAAACUGGAGCAAAUCUUGCUGGAUCAUAGGCUCUUUAUCAGCCAAUCGAUCCAAGUAAAGUGCAGCCAAGUGCCUCGCAGCUUUGCGGACUUUGAGCAGCUGAUUGCCGACAAGGAUGCACAGGUGAAUGGGCUCCGAGCUGGUUUCCUGGAGACUUUCGCCCAGAAUUUGCGUGAGCUCUCCGAGCAAGUCGAGUUGUUUGGCUCCGAGGAAUAUGUGCGGCAUCCAGAAUUGUUGCAAUUCCCGGAUGACAUCGCGGAUUUUGGUGGGAUGGACGAAGUGGAAACAAAGCUCAGAGAGCUCUUGAAUCUGCAAAAAUGGCUCAGCCAGCUGCAAGAGCGCCUUGACACUUACAUGGGCUAUCAGGAAGUUCUUACAGACAUCAGUUCAGAUCAGUUCUGCGACUUGAGUGAUGCGUGGCUACAGUUGUCGAGGCGAUGUGACCUUUGGCGAACUUAUCAUGAGUGGCUUACAAAAUGUUCUUUGUGGUUGCCGGCUGAUUUGUUGAGCACGGACCUUGUCAAAAUAUCUCUGGAGGCCGCUGCUUUGUGGACGAGGGCCUCUCAAGCACAAACGGACCUGCCCGAGAACAGGGUUUUUGAGAAUCUCCGCCGACAGCUGCUUUAUCUUCAAGACUUGAUUCCCAUGUUGGAAGUACUGCAAAAUCCGCAUUUGAGAAGCCGUCACUGGGCCGCAUUGUCACAUGUCCUUGACCUGAAAGUGGGCAAAGAUGGUGCACCUCUUCUGACCUUCGGCCAGGCGGUGAGUUGGAAUCUGGGUGCAUUUUUGCCCGAGCUCUUGGCCGUUGCGAACCGUGCUACACAAGAGCAUCACAUUGAAGUGGCCUUGGAGCACCUCACCGACAUUUGGGGUGGCAUGGAGUUGCCCAUUGAGCGCAACGAAGAUGGAAUUGGUUUUGCGUCGCUGCAAUUGCUACAAGACGAGCUGGCCAAAAGUCAACAAUUGGUCGCCGCAGCGUUCGCUUCUGCUGUGCACGGUGACCGGGCAAAGCCCUGGCAGGCCCGGUUCGAGAAAGUUCAAGAAUUGUUGGAAGAGAUUUCAUUUUGCCAAGAGCGUUGGGCUUUGCUGGACGAAACCUUCAGCACAAAGAAGAAGAAGGUGAGCGAAGUCGCGGCGUUCCAAAAGCUGGACUCCAACUGGAAGGCCCUGUUGAGUCGGUUGCAGUUUCGGAACGUGAUCGAAGUGGCGUUGGAUCAAUGUGCCAACUUCCGGCAGCUUCGAGAGGCAAUGGAGAGCAUCUCGAGAAACUUGCAGAUGAACCCUUGAAACAGAUGAGGGUUGAACCCUGGACAGCUGAAAAUUGCUGUGCAACAGUGCUGAAGAACAGCACUAAAGGGGCGAAAGCGUCGAGAAAAAGGGCGAAAGCAGACAACGAGCAAAAGGAAUCUAAAAACUUUACAAGAAUCACAUUAAGCGAACGCUAAAAAGCAUUUUGAUGCUCAACUGAAACACAUAGCCAACUGAUCCGAGACUCAACCAUGC